AUUAGAGUUCAGGAAGUGGCGCGUGAAGCAGCCUAAAUUCCUCGCGCAGGAGCGGGGGCUCGCGGCGGCUCGUGGAGGCCAUGGAUCACAUAGGGAUACUGGGGGCACACCUGCAGCAGCACGCGCAAGUGGAGUCCAUCAGCUUCGGCAUCGAUCAGAUCCUCAGCAACGUGGAGCAAAGCUGCAUGUUGGGCACGAGGAUGCACGAGCCGGACUACGGACACCUGGCCUACAACAACGGCGCGAGCGGCGGCGUGAACGGAGGUUUCACGUGCAACAGCAGCGGAUAUAACGGCACCGGCAGCGCGUGCGGGAUGUCUUCCCUCGGCGGUGCUUAUCAAAUGAGUAUGGGCGUGAAUAUGAACGGUGCUAACGUCAACUCCGCCGGGGUCAUCCGUGUCCCCGCUCACCGGCCUCUGAGCGCCGGGAACUCUUCCAUGCCUGCGAUGAGCGGGACCAUCAACAACCUGACGGCGCUCACGUUCCCAUGGAUGGAGAGCAACCGACGCUACACUAAAGACAGAUUCACAGUGUCCCUCUCACCCCUCACUGUAACACGUCGUGUAGGUCACCCUUAUCAGAACCGGACACCGCCGAAGAAGAAAAAGCCCCGGACGUCCUUCACCCGCUUGCAGAUCUGUGAGCUGGAGAAACGCUUUCACCGGCAGAAGUACCUGGCGUCGGCGGAACGUGCUGCGCUGGCCAAAGCACUGAAGAUGACCGACGCACAAGUCAAAACCUGGUUCCAAAACAGACGCACCAAGUGGAGGUGAAGUUACCUGUAUAUACGCG